GUGGAAACACGGAGGGGAAGAGCAACUGCCAGAGCUCAGAAAGUGUCUGAAGUCGGUUGGGAAAAGAAAAGGAUUUAUCUCUGGCUUCCUAGGCUCAUAGUGAUAUGGCUGGCGCUCUCCGCAAGCUUGCAGCACGCAUCCCUUGCGUGUGGAUCUUUCUCAUGCUUUUUGACCCGAGCUCGCAAAACGGGGCUGUAGCUGGGCACAGAGAACCCAUUCCUGAUGACAGCAAAGACAACAUCACCAUCUUUACCCGAAUCUUGGACCGCUUACUGGAUGGUUACGACAACCGACUGCGUCCCGGGCUAGGAGAGAGUGUGACUGAAGUGAGGACAAACAUCUAUGUGACCAGCUUUGGGCCAGUAUCUGACACCGACAUGGAGUACACGAUUGAUGUGUUCUUCCGGCAGAGUUGGCGGGAUGAGAGGCUGAAGUUUGAUGGGCCUAUGCAGGUUCUUCCACUUAACAACCUUCUUGCCAGCAAGAUCUGGACCCCAGAUACUUUCUUCCACAAUGGAAAGAAGUCAGUAGCGCACAAUAUGACGACACCCAACAAACUUCUGCGACUGGUCGACAAUGGAACACUUCUCUACACAAUGAGACUAACCAUCCACGCUGAGUGCCCCAUGCAUCUGGAAGAUUUUCCCAUGGACGCCCAUGCCUGCCCACUGAAGUUUGGAAGCUAUGCCUACACCAACAAUGAGGUGGUGUACAUCUGGACGUUGGAUGAUGAGAAAUCAGUUUCUGUGGCUCCAGAUGGUUCUAGACUCAACCAGUAUGAUCUGUUGGGCCAUGUCAUUGGCAAAGAGACCAUCAGCUCGAGCACCGGAGAAUAUGUGGUGAUGACAACAUAUUUCCAUUUGAAAAGGAAAAUUGGCUAUUUCGUGAUCCAGACAUAUCUCCCCUGCAUAAUGACUGUCAUCCUCUCUCAGGUCUCCUUCUGGCUGAACCGAGAGUCCGUGCCUGCACGCACUGUCUUUGGUGUCACUACUGUCCUGACAAUGACCACACUGAGUAUCAGUGCCAGGAACUCACUUCCGAAGGUGGCCUACGCCACGGCAAUGGACUGGUUUAUGGCGGUCUGCUAUGCCUUUGUCUUCUCUGCCCUCAUUGAGUUUGCCACAGUCAACUACUUCACAAAACGCAGCUGGGCCUGGGAUGGUCAGAAGGAGGCCCAGGAGAUGCGGAGACGAGAGUCUGCAUCCCUAUCCAAGAAGACCAACAACACUUUCAACAUUGUGGGAACCACUUACAGCAUGGGCGUAGCCAAAGAUCCCGGACUGACCACCAUCUCCAAGAGUGCCACGACCACGUCCACCCCACUGCAGCCCGUCCGAGAGGUGCGGCUGCCUAAAAUGGAUGGUGAAUACGUGCCGGAGGGCGGGAAAAAGUCAUACAAUCGUGUCAGUAAAGUGGACAAGAUCUCACGUAUCAUCUUUCCUGUACUCUUCUUCAUCUUCAACUUGGCUUACUGGGCCACUUACGUCAACAGAAAGCCGACCAUCAUCCGGUCCAGUCCCCAGAAAUGAACAUGACUACGGAACCGCAAAAAAAAAAAAAAAAAAAAAAAAAAAGACUGCCAAUCAAGUCUUAUUUGGUGAAAUGAUGCUACUACUGCUUUCAGAAUAUGCGUUAAUUUUUUCAAUUUUCAUAUUCUUUUUUACAGUUUCUAGUUCUGAGUAGAUGCCAUACAGCCAUGUAAAUGCAAGCCUAGUUACACUGCAAAAAAAUAUUUGUCUUGCUGAGUAUUUUUACAAAAACACUAAGGCAGCAUCCACACUAAUAAGUUUCCGUUUGAAAACGCAUGGAUUUUUGCUACGUUUACUCCUUUUAUCCACACUAGAAUGCUGUUUUCCUCCACCAAAAACGAGUUUCAAAAAUGUUCUCCAUUACCGCAUGCUUUGGAAAAUGAUUACGUUAGGAAACAGAAUGGAAUAGAUUAGUGUGGAUGUAGCCUAAGUCUUGUAUUCAGAGAAAUGUAAGAAUACUUAGUUGAAAAUUUAGAAGGGAAAAAAACGUAAGCAAGUUUAUUUUUUCUCACCCCGUUGGCAUUUUUUUUUUUUUAGCAUAAACCCCACCAAAUUGUGUAGGAUUUCUCUGAAAACAAGACUUCUAUCUUAUGCCAUUUUGCUUCUCAAGAAAGUAAGAAAAUUAUUUUUUGCAGUUUUGUCUAGGUUUUUAUGUGCCAUUUCCUUUGUUGCAUGAGGUACAUUAUGAUUAAUCAAUAAUACUGGUCUUGUAUGGAUGAUCAUUAUUUACCCAUUCCACACUGUGCAUCAUCAGGGAAAAAACUCCAUUCACUGUUAACUGUCGGUUGCCACGGCGAGUACCUGUAGCCUUUCAGCAGCCAGUUUCGAUGUUCGUAGGUGCAUCAUUAAUAACCGCCCAUUCAACACUCUGCAGACCCAGAGUAAUAACAUGUAGAAUUUUGUUCCCGUCCCCAUGGGUCUAUCUGUGCAUUUACCUGUCCAGUGACUCUUCUUAUUUUAAUAGCCUGAGCAGGCUCCAAGAUAAAGAAACUGUGUGCCUUUUUAAUCUCUCGCCCGCUGAGAUAAAUAGUUUGGCACAUGCUGACAUUGUCUUCAAGCUUACACCUACAUGAUGAAAAACGUCAGUGUUGAAUGAACUCUCACAGAUUGGUAUUAAACUCUGAGUAGUGCUGUAUGCGAGUUGAUUUAAUGCUGAUGCCUCGACUGUCUGGCCACCCGGCCAGCUUUUCAUUGUUAGUGGCUAAUAUGAGCAAGCGGUACCUGAGAAAGGAUGUGUAUUCAAUAAAUGAUGCCACUGUAACGGGCUAUAAAGCAUUUCGGUGGGUCAGUGCCAUACAGAAAGUACAUGCAGCCUAUUUCAUUACCUCACGCUGAAGUGUAAGUGGUUAAUUUUGAUCUUUGCACCGUAAUCUAACCAAGCACAAUGCGACAAGUUUCCAGCGGCAAGCAGUUCGCCUGUACACAUUGAAUGCAAAACUGCUGCGUGACUUGAUGAUAUCAGCCAAAAAGAAGGUUUUUA